AUGAGUUCAAAAAUAAUUAUUAGUGAUCAUCGGUUGAGAACUAGUGGAGAAGAAAACUUACUUUUACAAGAAAAUGUUGAAAAACAUGGUAAUACGUUAUUAUCUAUAAAUUCAACCAUGAGUUCAAAAGGUUAGUAUAUUAUUAUUUUUAAUGAUUAUUUUAAAUUUUAUUUAUAUCUAUUCAUAGGUAAUAUUGUGAAAAAAAAUUUGAUAAAUAAGGUAUUUAAAAUACAUAUUUUUGGCUUAAUAUUAUAACUACAUUAGCUAUAUAGAAAAAUUUUUAUUUGGUUAUUUUUAAUUAAAAUCCCAAUUUCUUCACUUUGUUAUCUAAUUGAUUUAAAAACAAGUAGGUACUUAAACAUUUAUUUUUAUAAAAUUAAUGAAUUGAAAAACUAUUUAUAAAAAUUAUAGGCACCUAUUUCAAUUAUUAUUUAUUUGUAUAAAACUCUUUUGUCUUUAGUUACCUAGUACGUAAAUUAAAAUAUAUUUUUUACCUUUUUCCUUUAGAGCAUGGUACGUAAUAAUAUAAUACAUAAUAGAUGUUUCAAUUUUAAUAAAUAUUUUUCACUUCAUGUUCAUUUACAUACUUUAGGUAUUACAUAACUUUUAAAGUGGUUAAUUACUUAUAGUCAAAAACAUUGUAUAGGUAAUAAUUCUAUUCUUUAAUAAAAACAAUUUAUACAUAUUCGUGAUUAAUCUUUUACAUUAGCGGUUCUUAACCUUUGUAUAUUGGUAACUAGAAAUUUACCCAAUUUUUCGUACAAAUUUUUUUUUAAAAUAAUUUUCAACAUAGGACUAUUCACCCAAAAUUGGAUCGUGACUAUGAUUGAGAACUGCUGCUUUAUAUUUUAUUAUGUUUUUCAAUGGGUGUGAAUUCUGACAACAGCUUAUAAUCAAUUAGUAGUUAGUACCUAAGUCAUAUUUGGCUAUAUUUACUUAUUACUAAAUUUAUAUGAUAGAAUGUUACUGUUUUAGAUUUGUCAUAGGGAUACUUAUAUUUUUAUUGAAUUUUUACCCAAAUAAUGUAGGUAUUCCUAAUUUAUAAUAAGUAUUUGUAUUAUUUAGUACAAUAUAAUUGUAUAUUAUACUUAAGUAAAUUUAAGUUUUAACAGCUCUUUUGCAUAUUACCAUUUAUAUCAACCCAUCAUACAUUAUUUAAAAAUAGUGCAGUUAUGUAGUAAAUAAUCAAAACUUAUUCAAAUAGUUAAACUUAAUGUAUGACGGUUACCAUUUAAAAUAUUAAACAAUUUCUAAGUAUAAGAUUAAAUAAAAAAGGUAGACAAAUUUGGCUAGUUGUAUUAAAUAAAUAUAAUAAUAUAAAUACUUUUUCCAAAAAUUAAUGUUUUUUUUAAAAAAUUCAUUUUUAGUUUUUUGGUUAGGCAAAUACAUUUUUCCACAGAGUUCUUUAAAUAUUUAAUAUUUCGGCUUGGUAUUAUUUAUUUAAAAUGCCUAGAUUCAAAACAGUUUUUCUAUAUAAUUAAAAUAAACUAACAAAAAAAGUACAAUAUAUCAGUUUUAUUUUUGUUAAUUUCUGUUGAUCUCUAGGUUACCUUGGCAAGGGGAAAUAAAAACAACUAAUUUACUAUUAGUACUCUGCUCAGAAUAGUUUUUUCAUUUGUAAUGAUUUAUUUAUGUAUAAACUAAAUUUCUCUGUAUAUCCUACCUGCCCAACUAUGCACUUAUAUCAGUGGCCUACCCGUGAGCAGUAUAACUUUUUAUUCUUACAUUUAUUAUGUUCAAAUGUUGCUGCAACACACAUGUUUGUACUAAAACAAAUAUUUCAUUCAAUUAACAUAUGAUAUAUUGAUAAAUAAAUAUAAUGUUAUACAAUAUAAUAAAUGUAAUUUAUUAUAUAUUGUGUACCAAUUUAUAUAAAUUGUGAAACUCAUUUGUUUGAGUAAAAAGUUGUUUGAUUUGAAUUUAUAAUGUAUAAUAAUGCAUAAUUUUUAGUUGUAAAUUUUGCGCAUUCCAAUGCCUAUACAAUUACAUAUAAUAUAUUUUAGCAUUAUUGGUUGCUAAAUCAAAUAUUUUAAAAGGAGUAUUACGAAUACAAAUAUUUAAAUAUUUGAACAAUUUUACUAAUGCAGAAUACAAAUAAAUCGUGCUUUAUCAAGUAGGUACCAAACUAUUUUAAUUAAAGGUAAUGAACAGAAAUUUAUAUCAUAUUAAUACUUGAAAAGCAUAAUUUUUAUUUUAAAAUACUGUAAAACAUAAUUUGUUUGUUAGUGUUUUUAAAUUUAAAAUUACUUUGGAAUCAUUAAAAUAGGUAACUGGUCUUCAGGCUAAUUAAAGCAAGAAAUAAUGCCUGAAAAAGUUUACUUUUUUAACUAUCUGAAAAUGAUUUAACCUGAAGACUUACUUUUCCUUUUUUUAAUAAUAAGAAAAAUGUACUGAAAAUGAAAGGAAGUCUGGAAUAUUUCCACUACGCUGGUCUUAAUAAAUUCAUUUUUUUUUCAUUUGUAAUUCAAGAGGAAUAAGACAUUAUUUUUACCAAGUAAUAAUAUUUUUUGGACAUAGAUGUAUUUUACCUUUUUUUCAAUUAUUAGUGUAUAACUUUUGAGGUUUUUUGUGAUCAUUAAACUCGAAUAGGUAUUUAUUACAAGGUACAUCAUUAGUAAUUGUUUUUACUAGUUAAGGAAAUAAAUGUACUGUUUUGUCACAAUAAUUGUUUUUAUAUGUGUUUGAAUGAUACAACAUUGAUAAAAAUUGGGCAAAAAUUAAAACUUUUUAAUUUUAAAAUUAGGAAAAAUAUAUUUAUAAGUGGUCACUGCUUUAUUUAGAUUUAUUAAAAAUAAAAUAUGUUAUGCAAUUCAGUAGAGAUGAAUAGACAGAGAAUUCAUAGCCAAAAAUCAAAAACAAUCCAUUUUAUAUGUUAACCAAUUUUUAAUUAUUAUUACAUACUGAUGACAUAUUAUAUAAUAAUAUAUACAGUGAUUCAUUUAAUGUAAAAACACAUAUUUAUUUUGUAAAGUAAUGACAUUAAAAAAUAUAGUUUUUGAAAAUUUUAAGAAACAAACAGCUCUAAACCUCUUACAUUACCAUUAUUCUUUGUCUCCCUUAUUUUUGGAACUGAAAUGACUACCUACGUUUAUUUUCAAAUGACAACCUAUAUUAUGAAUUCCAUAAUAGUUGGAAUAUUACUUAGAAUACACUUUGGUGUUAAAAAAUUUUAAUUCUGUCAACCUGGUUGGGAGAUAUUUUACUACAUAUUUUGUUUAUGUAAGGGAGAGUUGUGAAAAUUUUAUAUUUUUUACUGCCACACAAUUUAUGCUCUCCUUCUACUUACACUUAAAAGUGGAUUAUACCGUUAAUGGGUUUGAUGAAAAUAAAAAAAUGUCAACAACAAAUUUAGUCUGAAAAAUUAGACAUACGUUUUUGGUAGGUGACAUUAAGAAAUUUAUUAAAAAUUGAUUUUAAUAUUAUAAUAUUUGUACUAGCUAGUAUUAGCUAUUUAUAAUACAAAAUAUAUGUGUUUUGUCGUUCGUAAGUCAUUUUGCUAUCACUAGAAACAAUUUUAUCUAUCAUAGUUACAUAUACUAAUGUACAUUUUAAUAUAGCACGAUAAAAUUAUAUUAGAAAUAUGAAACCUAAAUUAUUAUUAGUCUAUCUGUAUAUGUAACUGCUUAUAUGUUUGGUUUUUAAUCUAUUAAAAAGAAAAGAGCUGAUAUUAACAGCUGAGAUAACUAUUUUAGGUGAGUAGUUAAGAAAGUGGAAUAUACAAAGUUAUUUAAUCUAUACCAGUUACCAAUGAUAAGUUAUUGCCAACAAAAAACAAUUCAGAACAAAGUUUGGUUAGACGUGUUUUGAAAGGCCGUAAUAUUUACAAUUUGGUCUUAAAAUUCUUAUAAAAAAUAUAAAGAAACUUCAUAAAAAAUAAUUAUCAAUAUAAUAAUCAAUUUUUUUCUUUUUUUUUUUUUUUUUUUCACAUACUAAGUAAGACUUUUCGUAAACCUCUUGUCAAAUUUUCAAGCAUUUCUGUUUAGUCUAACAAUUUUAUCUAUAGAGUACCUGCCAAAUAAAAACUACUUUUAAAAUUCGCAAAAUUAAAAUAUUAAUAGUUAAAAAUGGAUUAAACGUUUUGAAAAUUUGACCACAUCUAGAAAAAGUAAAUAUAAGUUUUCUGUCAUUAUUUCAAGUCUCUAUAAAUAUUUUUAACCGUAUCACAUAAAAAAAACUAAAAUCAAAAUAAAAAAUUAAUUAUUUUUGUAAAUUUUGCGAUUCAUUAUAGUUAUUUUUCGGCUUUGUCAAUUAUUUAUCAACUCUUUACAUUACAUCUCUUUAACUAUCUCUCUAUAAUAUUUAGAUAUAGAUAUUGUUUUUAUUAGAGGUAAUAAUUCUGGUAGAAAACGAAAAGUGUACAAAUUUUAAAUUAAGAAAUAUUAUAGUAUCUAAUGCAAUAAAUUCGUCAGUUAUCUUUUUUUGGAUUUUAUAUAAUUAUUAAUAAAACUACAAAGAAAAUCAAAAAACAAAUAACUUGCUCAUAAACUAAAUUAAAAAUACAACAAAAAAAGUCUGUCGUUUAUCUAUUGAAUCAAUAUUUAUGGUUUAAAAUAUAUGCUGGACAAUUUUUAAAUUAUGAAAUUGUGCCCUAAUUUGAUAAAAAAUAGUAUAUUCGUCCCAUUUGGUUUUUCUCAAUUUUUAUAAAAAAUACAUUAGGUAUGAUAAACGACUCUGUGGCUAUGCUUUUAAAGGAUCAAAAUUAAUUAAUUAAUUAAAUUGGUUUUACUCAAUUAUUACAAUGAAGUACUUUAGAUAUUGAAAAACUGCUUAUUCCAGUGGCAAAAUAUUUAAAGGAAAAAAUCGAUGCUCUAUAAUUUUUGGAUUGGAGUAAUAUAUCUGGUAGAAAACAUCAAAUAUACAUAAUAAAAACAAUGAAAACUGUAACCCCGCGAUGUGCCGUAAAUAUUUGCCGUUUUAUCUAUAAUUUUCUUUCGGGUUUUCCUCAAUUAUUUCGAAAACCCCUUGGAAAAUCAAAAAAUGACUUCAACGCGUCAACUAAAGAAAAUUAUCUUUCAUAAAAGGUGUUAUAGUUUAUACUUAGAAGUAAGUUUUUCGGUAGAAAAGUUGUUCAUAGAUAUAAAAAAGACAUCUUAGAAUAAUGGGGAUGGGUGCAGCCAUUAUUAUAGGUAAUCUAUUGUAUACCUGUAAGCAACAAUAAACCAUUAUUAACAAAAAGCGGAAUUGAAAACUGAGCGGAAUUCAGUUGAUAUUGAUGGUUUGUCAACAAUUUAUAUAUCAUAUUAUGGUAAAGUAAUUAAAUAAGCAUAAUAUAUUUUCUUUUGAAAACGAUUUUCCCGUUUAACCUCAGUUUUUGUUCGGUUUUUCACAUUUGUUGAAUAAACUCUUGAGAAAACCGAAAAAUGACUUCUUUAAAGUACCUUCCCAAUUAGAUUACUUUUUAGAGAAGGUGCUACAUUAAAUAAUCGAAGCAAGAUCUCUGGUAGAAAAGUUGUCCACAAGAAAAAUAAUAAAAGACGGACAUACUUUACACGUCGAUGCAUCUACUGUUGUAGGUGGAAAGGUGGGAAGGUAGGAUGCAGACCUGAAUUUAAUGUAUAUUUGUAAGUAACAAUAAACUAUUCCUAACGAAAAAACGAUUCUGAGCGGAGUUCAAUUGAUAGUGUUGUCUUGUCAACAAUACAAUAUAUGGUACAUGUCAUGUUAUGAUAAAAUAAUUACAAUGUGCGUUUCCAUGACAAUGAUCGUUUAAAAAAUAUUAAUUAUAAAAUAAUAAAAACUUAAUAAUAACAAAAAAUAAAUAAAAAAGGUUGCUAAUGACAACCUCAUUUUUAAUCUUUCUAUAUUUUUGUACCUAAAGACUGAGGUUUUCUUCAUUAUCUCGAAUAUUUAUGAGAAUUUAAAAAAAUUACCUCUCGCUCCACUCAGAAUCUGAAAUAAAUAAAUAUGUAUAAAAAAUACAUAUACAUAAUAAAAUGUUAGCUUACUUAGGGUUUUCUGAUUGAACUUAUUCCUGUUUUUCCUGUUUUGAAAGGCCAUAAUAUUUACAAUUUAAAAAUACAUUUCGUACAUUUUCUCGGUUUUUCGCAUUUUUUAUGAAAACCCUUGGAAAAUUAAAAUGUUAAUUUUUUUAAAGUACUGCCCCAGUCAAAUUUGGUUUCAAAAAAGGUACUACACUUGAAAAUUAGAGCAAAAUUUCUGGUAGAAAAGUUGUUAACAUAAAAAGAUAUAUACAUCACUGUAAAACCAAUAUAUUCGUUGCUUCAUUCAGAAUCUAAAAAUCUACUGCUUGUAAAAUAUGGUAGUUUCUUUAUAAUUGUGUCAUUUGACCUAAAUCAUUUAUAUUAUAUAAUUUUUUUAUAAAAUUAACUAUUAACCCAAUGUAAUUCCAUUGAAUUUUUGGUAAUUUUAAUUUUGUUGAAUAAUAGAAAAAAAUUUUUUGGUGGUUCAUUAAAUCAUAUGUGUAUGAUUAUUAAUGUUAUUAUUUUAAAUGCCCAUGUUACAUGUCCAUUUUAUUUUAUAUUUGUCUAAAGAGAAAAAAAUUGGAUUUGAUAUUAUUUGUCUUAUUAAUAUUCAUGGUUGAUAUAAAAUUGUCUUAUUUGUAAUUCCAGUCAUCCUUUAUAUCAAGGUUAAAACAAACUCUUAUGUUAUUAAAUUCUACUUUACUUUAUUUCAGAUUUCUUUCAUUUACAUUAAUUUAACUUAUAUAAGUAGGUAAUAGUUUUUUAAUACCUACUUUACUUUUAAUUAAGUUUUUUAAUUGUAUUUUGUGUAGAAAAAAUCGACUUAUAAUUGACUUUAAUUUUAAUUUUCUGUACGCAUAUUUUUAUAAAUUUUAUAUUCUUCACAUCAGUAGUUUUUUAUAUGAUAGUUCAAGAACAUAGAUAAUCUAUUACAAUAUUUUAAAACAACUAAUGGAAUUGUUUAACGACAAUCAAUUAGUCAUAUUGCUUUGUACGGAUCGGUUGUAUGUUUUACUUUUUAGUCUGUAAUGCUUGUGCAGAUUUCUAAUGGUAUUAUAUUAAUAUAAAGGUAGGUAUUCAUUAUAAAUAAAAACUUUAUCUUUUUUGUAUUUAUAGCAUGUAUACAUUAGUAAGUUUAAUUUAUAUAUUCUAUUAUACAUGUUAGAUUUAUACUACUGUCAUUAAAUUUACAUUCAAUAUUUAACUCCAUUUAAAUGAAUAGACCCAUUUUAAAAUUAAAAUUUAAUUAAAUUUACUAAACCCACUUUUUUUUAUAUAUACCUAAGUAUUUUUGUUUUGCCAAACACCUCUAUAUUUAAAUAAUUUAAUAUCUUUCAUAUAUUUUUAAAAUUCAUGAGAAUAAUAUUGGAUAUCUACAUAAAAAUAUUUUAUUUUGUUUUUUCACUAAAGUCAAAUUUUCCCAUCCUUUUCCAUUACAAUAUCUUUUUUUUUUAUAAUUGAUUAGGGUCACAAGAUUUGAAAAUUCAAAAUAUGGAACUAAAAGAAGGAAUAAUGUCUGUUCUAAAAGUUACAACAUUAACAUUUUUUUUUUUUUUUUAUGAAAUUACUUUGAAUUAGGCUAUAGGAUCAUCAUUUUGAUGAGAUCUGAGUUAAUUUUAAUAUUGAUUUUCUGAAUUUUAGAUUGCAUAUUUCUUCCUCCCUUCACCAACAAUAUAUCCUUUUUUUAAAAGGUUUUUGUGAAUUUUGAUAUACAUUUUUAAUAUGUAUUUAAAUAGCAUAGAUUAAUAUUUUAAGUACUAAAUAAAUUUUAAACAACAUGUUUAAACUUAAUCGAAUAAAAAUCCAACAACUUUGUUUUAGUUUUUUUGUAAAUACCUAGACCCAAUAGGAACAAAAUUAUAAAAUAAAUAUUAUAUUAAGAUUUAUCAAUAUAGUUAUACCUUAUAUAAUUUAACCUUUCAAAACUAAUUUGUUGUGCAUGUUCAUUGUUUAUGAAUAGUGGUAUAUUAUAUUUGUUUGAUCAAUGGAUCUCUUUUAAUAGUGAUUGAUUUCUUAUUAAAAAAUAGAUUCUCACCUCUGUAAAAUAUUUCCUCAAUGUCUUCAUUUUAAAAUUUUGGUCCAUUGAGUCAGUUUCUUUCAGCAUUUGUUUUUGAACCUGUUACACACAUUACAAACUAUUUUAAUAUUUAAAAAUUGAAAUUGAAAAUGAUAUGAAAUGACAAAAUGUUCUAUUUUAUUGUCUUAAUCCAAAUGGGAUAUAAUUUAACGUAUGAACAAUUUUUUAGAAAAUGGAACACUUUGGUGUACUAAAGAUAGUUUUCUGGACAGCAGGCCACAUAGUUUUAAAAUGUGCAUUGUUUCUUCAUCGUACAAGUCGUUUCACAACCACAUCUAAAAUGGUUAUGGUUGCCAGAGUUUUAUUAUAUUUUGUAUACAUUUUUUACAAUUUGUUUAGGUUUUUUAAAUGUAUUAUAUUUGGACCAAGUCUAACUAUAACUCUAACUAUGUUUGUUAACAUACAAACAGACUGUAUGAGUGAGAAUUAUAAGUAGAAAUAUUUCAAAGUCACAUCUUCGAUAAAUACUGUUUGUUUCUAUGUACUAAUUUUAAUCCUGUGACUUUGAUGAAUUUGUAGACAAAGUUGAGUAGGAUUUCAAAUCAUUAGAUAUUUAAAUCCAUUUUUGAAGACUUUGGCUUGAACUUUAAAAAUUUUUUUGAAAACCGUUUUGUAUUUUAUACAAUGGUUUUAGAUGGUUAGUGUUAGUUUGUAAUCUAUCAAUUUUUCAAAUUACUUUUCAAAAAUUCCUCAUUGAAUAUAGAGACACAAUUUCAAUUAUAUAUUUCAAAAACUGCUCAUGGUUCAGUGACAGGAACCAAUAAUUUGAAAGUAAUUUAUUACUACUUACUAUAAAAAAAAAAAAUAAUAAUAAUAAUAAAUAUAAUUAAUUAUUAAUUUUAUUUUUUAAUUAUAACUUGUCAUAUUUUUUAAUGCUACUUUUAUACCGUCUAUUAUUUUUUUAUAAAUAUCGUUGAAUGCAUUUUUAGGAUUUUAAAUUAUUUUUAUAAAGAUCUGAAGUUUAAAUUUUCGAGAAUUUUGAUUUUGGAUUUUGAAAAUCUAUUUGAAGGAUUUUGCGUUUCUGUCUAUAAGGAUACACCUUUAACGCUAUAUUUACUGUAAAAACAUGCAGUUUGAGAAUAAAAUGAUUGGGAAGGGGUUGAAAGUUGAAACUCUUAAAAGGUACAUCCAUUUAGUGUGAUACACAGUUAUAUAAAGUUUAAACAAUAACCAUUUCUUAAAUUUUGUUCAUUUGAUAGUUGUCAUUUAUACAGUAUAUACCUAGCAAAUUAUAUUAGUUAGAAAAAGAAUUGUAUUAUUUAUAUUAUAAUUGGUAUUGUUAAUUGUGAGAUAUUCCGCGUAAGCAGUAGUCCAUCUAUCUUUUAGAUUCUGAACAGAGCAAGGAAUGUAUUGGUUGUACAAUGGUGUUUAUUUUUUUUUAUUUGUGAACAAUUUUUCUAUGAGAAAUUUUGCUUUAUUUUUCAAUUAGAGCACUUUUUCUGUAAGUAAAUCUGACUGGGGUAGUAUUUUAGGAAGGUAAAUAUUUGAUUUUCCCAGUUGUUUUCAAAAAAAUGGGAAAAAACGGGAAAAUGGGUACAAUGUUAACAAAUAUUUAAUGCCGAUGUAAUUUUUUUAACAUAAUAUCACACCAAAAAUAUUUCGUUAUAACUUUAAUGUAUGCCCAUACGUAAGGACCAGAUUUUGCAAUAAUGCGUGUUUGUUCAUAUUAUUAUGAAUACUAUUAUACUUAAAUAAAUAAUAUUGUAAAUUUGUAUUUUCCAUAUUUUGAGUAUAAGUGCUUAUCUUCCAUAAAAACGCAUGUUUUUGCAUAUUACGUAUACAAUUAAAUGUUUUGAUUUAUUUUUUUAAUUGUAUUUAUAAUUAUUAUGUAUGAAUUUGUCACAUUACACAAAAAUUGAAAAUAUUUUUAAAAAUAAUAUAAUAUUACGUUUCCAUCAAUUAUAAGUUGGUAGGUAGGUAUCUAAUUCAUUACAUACUGGUUUUCCUAUCGUAUAUUUUUAUUUUAUCUACUUUGUCUAACAUUAUCGUCAAUACUACAGAACACGGAUUAACAGUUUGACGACUGUAGUUCCAAGUGUACAUUCGACGAUAGUCAACGUAUUAUAAAAACGUGUUCAUUUUAUAUAACAUUGCUUGUGUUAGUUACUAUACAAUGCCAAAGUUUCAAUGUCUUUUUUCAUCAUUACUAUUUUGAUUUUAUAAUUUUACAAUAAAUAAAAAUAGCUGAAUAAUCAAAAAUUAUUUUGCCUAUUUUGUGCUUUUUAAGUGCAUAUUUGAAACUUUAAAAUUUCAAAUGCAUAUAUCCGGUCUUUACCUAUAAGCAACGAUAAACCAUAUUGCUUACGAAAAAAACCUAACGAUUCUAAGCAAAGUUCAGUUGAUAGUGAUGCAUUGUCAAUAAUAUAUAUGCCAUAUUAUAUUAAAAUAAUCUAAAAGGCUUCAUAUAUUUUCUUUAAUAUUGUACCGAUUUUCCUACGUUUUUCAAUGUUUUUUCCCAGUUUUUCACAUUUACUGGGAAAAAUCCUGAGAAAAUUGAAAAUUGACUUUUCUAAAGUACCUCCCCAGUAGGAUUUCAUUUUAGAAAAAUUGUUAUCAUUAAAAGUUGGAACAAAUGUGCUGGUAGAAAAGUUGUCCACAAAAAAAAAAAAAAUCGUCAUAUACAAAUAUAUUUCAUAUAUUUCCCGUUUUUUUUUUUUCGGUUUUUCGCAUUUGAUGAGAAAGCUCUUGGGAAAAUAUGAAAAACGACCUCCUGUCUAUUAGACAUUCUACGUUUUCUCUAUACAAUUUGGCAUCAAUAAUUAUUGUUUCAAAUGCUGUUAGAUUAUCUUCAGAUACAUGAGAUAUUGCUGCUAGUUUCCUCAUUAAUGACUACAUUUCAAUUAUUUGUACACCUAAUUUGCAGUUCAUUUGAAUGGAUAUGCCGUCAAAUAGAUUAGAAAAAAUGGAAAAAACAUCCUUUGAUAUCAAUUGACGAAAAAAUAAUAAUUUUGAGAGCGUUUAUUGCAGCUUUUUUAAAAUUAAGGGUAAUAGAUUUUGGAUAAAGUUGUGGUUUUAAAAACUUCAAUGCUGAAAAUAUACGUCUUAACGCGUCUUUAUUUUUAUUAGGAAGAAGUAUCCAAAUAGUUGGGACAACAUUAGAAUAUUUAAUUCCAUGGAUAGUAAAAAGUUGAUGAAAAAUAAUUGUUGCGUAAGAAAAUGUGCUAUCACUUAAUCAUGGUUUACUUUAUUGUUAUAGCUAUUUUAUCAAUCGUUAAUUAAAUUUCCAGUUAUCAAAUCUCGGAAGUAAAAGAAAAAAUGAAGAUUAAAAAAAUAAUGAUUUUAUCAAUUAUUUUUAUUUUUAGAUUAACUAAUCUAAGGUAAACUAAUUAAAGAUUAAUUCACUAUAAAAAUACAUUAAGUGACGUUAGUUACGUCGGUAACAUGAACAUGCCACCUAUUUCAAUCAGUUGUUAGGUAUUUGUUAUCACAAAAUAUUUGGCACGCCACAUUUAUUCUAUAAUUCUCAUUUUAUAUUUGUAGAAUUUUUUAUUUUUCCAUAUAAAUAAUAAUUCAGAAUUAAAACUUAAAUAAAUAUAUAAUUUCUUUAUUGUUCUAUAUUUUAAAUUCUGAAUGUAGCGAUGAAUGUAUUGGUUUUACAAAAAAAUUUUUUUUGAUUUUUUUAUCCUGUGUACAAAAAUCUUGUUCCGAUUUGUACAUGUGGUAUCAUUUCUGAAAGGAAAUAUUGUCCAAAUGGUACUUAUGGGAGAUCAUUAUUUUGAUUUUCCAGGCGGUUUUCAUAAUAUCUGGGAAAAACCAGAAUAAAUCGUUGAAAAAACGGAAAAUGUAUGAAAUUCACAUGUAAAAUAUUAUGAUAUUUUUUUUUCUGUGGACAACUUUGAAAUUUUGCUCCGAUUUACAAUAAUAGCACUUUUUCUAAAAGUAAAUUGACUGGGGAGGUACUUUAGAGGGUCAUUUUUUCGAUUUUUGAAAGAGUUUUCUCAACAAAUGUAAAAAACUGAGGAAAAACAGGAAAAUGUACGAAAUCUAGGUAUUAGUUGAAAAAUAUUUCGGCCUUCUUUUUUCCCGUGUAGAACGUUUCUACAAGCAAUUUUGCUUUGAUUUACAAUGACAGUAUUUAUUCUGAAAGGAAAUAGACUGGGAAGGUACUAUAGGGAGGUCAUUUUUUUGGUUUUCCCACCAAAUGCGAAAAGCCGUGAAAAACUAGAAAAUCAGUACAAUAUCAAACAAAUAUGAUUAAAGAAAAUAUGUCAUUCCUAUUUAAAUAUUUUACCAUAAUAUGACAUAUAUUGUUGACAAAGCAUCACUAUCAAUGUAUCAACUGAACGGUUUAUCGUUGCUUACAAAUAUACAUUAAAUUAUCUAUAUUAGUGACUGUACCCGUCUCCAUUAUCCUAGGACGUCUUUUUUGUUAUAUUAUUCACAAUGAGUAUCAAAACAAAACGAGAGUGUUCUACUAAUUUUAUUGUUUGCGAAUUUAAACUUUAAGUUAACCUUGUCGACAAAAAACACUUAAAAAUAAAACAUAGGAAGAAAAUUACAUUUAAUUAUUUUAUUAUGUCUAAAAUAUUAAAAUUUGACAACUAAUAAUUAAUUUUGUAUGUAAUAAUAAUUAAUAAUAUAUUAUUCGCUUUUAUUAAUCACUAUUAUUGUAAUCUUAUUUAUUAUUAUUUUAUAAUUUAAUAGUAUUAUCAAAGGUAUAGUAAAUAGUAUUAUCAUAUGAUAUUAUUAUCUACUAAUACUAUACACCUUGUGUAAAUACUAAAAGCUUAGUGUGAGUGACAGUUACUAAUGAUUAGUACCAAGUAUCGUGUAAACUCUGCCUUAAGUCAAGUUGAUUUUAUGUAAUGUUAUGAAAAUAUCAAAUAGGUAGGUAAUAAAACAACUUCAUCAGGUUUUAAAUUGAAUUGGUUCCUACUUAUAUUCAGUUUAUUAACAAAAGUAAAAAAAAAAUCAUUUGAAAUUAAUAAAAUCAAAAAAUGUUAAAUUACAUAUUUACUGAUAAUAUUGUACUUAAUACGAUACCUUUACAAUUAAAGUUAGGUUAAAAUGUUAACGGGGUGAUAAUAAAAUCACAUUUUUAGUUUAACUGGGGAUUAACAUUUAUUGUAGUUUAAAUUCUCUUAACUGGAGAUUGAUAAAAUAGCCCUUAGCAUCAUUCUCGUAAUCAAUGUUAUCACAUAUCAAGAAAAACUCAUCUGUUGUCGUUUUUGGAGAAAUAUUUGGUAUUUUAAGUUCUAUAAUCUAUUGAUUUUGGAUAUGGAGGAUCAUCUUCUCCAUUCUUUGAAAAAUUGUGAUUGAUUUUCUAUGGACGUUGAUUGAAUGAAAGUUUGUUUAGAAGAAGAUUUGUUUAAACAUUAUUUUUGAUGCAAAAAAGACUUUGCAUACUGAUCAAUUUGAAAUUUUUUUCCAACUGUUAUCGGUUUUUCACAAUGCUGACAGAAAACCUCACCAGAAUCUUUGUACGACUUAAUUCACUUUCUAAUUAACGCCGGUUUUGAAUUUGGAGUUUUAGGCAUUUUAACUAUUUUAAUCGAUAAAUUACAAAUUAAUUUGUUAGCGAAAAAACACGUAAAUUCAAUACAUUAACUCGUGACCAUGACGUAAUUCAUAUUAACAAUAAAUUCUGUCGGUUUAAAUGUAGUGGGGAAUUUUAUAAACCUAAUCCUGUUGAUAAAAUUAUAUCUAAGGAAUAAUAAUCUUGAUAAAACAAGUAAAUCCAUUUUCUACUAUAUAAGUUUAGUUAACCUAUUUUUAGCGUCCGAAUAUUUUUUGUAACUUAAAAUAUUUGAUAUAUUAACGUACCUAUAAUCUUUUUGUUUUUGUUCGACACCUUAUUAGACCUUGAGUUGUAUCUUUGUUAAAAAUAUGCAGAAUAUGCAUUGAUGUCAAAAUAUGUAAAAAUAUGCAUUAUAAAAUUUUGAUAUUCAAUCAGUUAGGUUUUGAUUCAUAGACACUCAUUGACUGCAUGUAUAUGAUGUUGAUGCAACAUGCAUUUCAUGCAAAAUCCGGUCUUUAGUCAUAAACAUUCAAGUAAAGGUAUUAUUAUAAAAAUAAUUCGACAUGAAAUUUCUGCAAAUGAAACAAAAUUAGCUCAAUAGAAUUUAAAUGUCAUGAAUUUAAAAAAAGAAACACCAAUCAUUAAAUGCACUUUGUACAGAUUUUAAAGAAAGAAACCGGUCAAUUGAACAUUUUUUAAAUACAAUUUCAUAUUAUACCUAUUCAAUUUUGAUUUAAAUCAAUUAAUUUUAAAAAUUUAUAAGUACUAUUUUCAUUUUGUCAAAAUAUUAACUUUUAGCGAUUCUAAAUAAUUAAACCAUUUUUUUUUUUUUAAAUUAAUAUCAUUAUUUUUUUUUUUUUCUGUGCCUUUAUUUCUUUGUCAUUUUUUUCAUUGUCUUUUUACUUGUUUCAAAUAUUAUUAUACUUAUAGUUAUUUCAAAGUAUUGGCCUAUUUAGAACAGGGUUACCAAGAAAUGACCAAAUGGGAGGGGGGCAUAGGACUUUUAUCAUCAAAUUUAAAAAAUACACCAAGAAAUUAUAUUUUUAAUUUAUUAAUGAGUUUAAUACGUUUGUAUUUGGUUGGUACUUUGUGGAUAAUAUUGUUUGACCAAUCAGAAAUGCUAGAAAAUUUAACAAGAGGUUUAUUUUAAGUUUUAUUUAGUUGAAAAAAAAGUUUUUUUACCGUUUUACGAAAAAAAUUUGAAAAUCGUAAAAAUUAUGAUAUUUUAAAGCAUAUAUCAGUUUUCAUAUUUUGAAAUAUCGCUCAGAAUCGCAUUUCGUUAGACAUUUUUUAAUGUUCUUUACAAUUAUAAAUUAAAUAACUUUGUGUAUCCUACCUUCUCAACUUCCCACUUUUUUUUCAAUUUCUACUAUCAUCAGAUAGACAUCAUCAUCGUAUUAUCUAUUAUUAUAAUUUAAUUUUUGUGAUUAAGAGGGCUUUCAUCUCCUGGGGCUACCAAGUUCCAAGCUACGCUACUAUUUUUAGUUUUUAUGUUGGUUUAAGUUGUAUUGUUGUAUAUCCAUUCUUGUUGUACUUAGGACUUUAUUGGAGAAAUAAAUAAAUAUAUUGACUAAAGCUUAAAAAUUGAAGCUUAAAAAUGUCAAAUUGUUAUGAAUAACUAAAAUGCAGAAUCAUUUUAUAAAAUAAACCAUAUUUAGAUGUCUAUAAUUAUAAUCAAUGCUAUAAUAUUAUUCAUAACGUUAUUCUUAAUUAUUUCUGUCUAAUAUAGUAAUUUAGAAUCCAGGUAAGUUAAAGUUAAUUACCGACUAUAUUUUAGUAAAACAUAAUUGGUAACUCGUAGAAGAAUUUAUAUAAUUGUUUAGCAAUAUUCUGUGAUAAAAAAAAUCCACAAUUUUGGAGAUAUUAGCUUAAAUUCGUUUUUUUUUUAUAAAUAAUUUACCUGUUGUCUGAUCUAAUAACAUAGAGUAUGGCUAUAGCCUCACCUUAUUUUCAUUUUGGUCAUGUGGCUAAUCCCCUUCAUGAAAGACGUACAUUGAAUAUAAAUUUAAUUUAAUAAUUUUAUGGACGGUUACUGUAGAUUACCACAGUAUUCGUUAUUAAAUUCCAGAAAAUGUAGAUUCAAAAAAUCGUCAUGUACACACAUGCGCAUGUACAUCUGUGUUUAAUUUUAGUGUCCCACCUCACAAUCAUUUUGCUAUGGCCGCUGUAGUGAUGUAUUUAGGGAGAAAGGGAUCAGAGAGAUAUAUCUCCCCCCCUUUAAAUGUUUUUUAAUAGUUAUUAUUCUUACGAAUAGCUAUUUUUCAAAUUCAAAUUUCUUUACUUUUUAGUCAGAUAAAUCAAAAGUGUAUUAAUAUCAGUUAAUAAAUAAAAAAAAAAGCAGAACUAUAGAUUAAUUUCCUUAAUAAAAACGAAACUUAUGUAAACCACUUGAGUCUUGAAUACAAAAAAGGUUUUUCUCCUUAUUCUUAGAAUAGUAUAACUGAACUAAUAAUAAUUUCUAUAAUAUUUCAAUGUUAUCAUAGUAAAACCAAUAGACCCACCCUUCGUUAUGCUCCGAGUUUAAUAUUAUUUAUUUAAAAUAAGAAAAACAAGUACCUACUUAAUUUAAUUAUAUUAUGCAAUACCUUGACCAAAUUAAUAAAAUAAAACCUUGUCUUGACAUUUUUUCUUUUAAUUUAUAUUUAUUAAAGUAUAUUUAAGUAAACGUUAGUGUAUUACUUUGAUUGAUGAUUAAUUUGAUGGAUUUUUUUUAAAUAUAUUUAGUUUGACAUUUUUUCUUCUGACACUAAAAAAUAACAUUUUAAAUGUAUUAAUUUAUUAUUUUUUUAAUUAUUUUCGUUUUGAUAAAUGUUAGUUCUUAAAAAAUAGUGAGAAAACAUUAAAAAACUACAAAUGUCUCAAAAAAAAACAAAACUUAUAAAGUAAAAUUAUGGAUUUAGUUUGUUAUAAUAUGAAACAAAUUUUUUUCAAACUAGCCUUAUUUUACGAUAGUGCAAAAAAAUAUUUAAAUGCUACAAGUCCUUUAUCCUAGUUGUUAUUAUAAUAUUAUUUUAUUAUAAAAUAAUAACACAACACAUGACAUAUUAUGUAACUUAAAAUUUAUAAUUAUAUGUAUGGGAUGUAUGUGUCAUAUUUAUAAUUUGUUGUGUAAAUAUAACAAUAUAGUCGGUACACAUACACUGUGUAAAAUGUAGGUAUCAAGUAUCUAUACUAAUAGUAUACAUACUAAUUUUGAUGUAAUGUGCAUGUUAUUAAAACAUUAGGUUUUUGUUGUUUAAAUUGGUAUAUACUUAACCAAUAAUUAUCAACAAAUCCGUUUUAUGUUUUUAUUUAUUCUGUUAAUUUAUGAUACAAAUAAAUGGGUAAGUAGGUAAUCAUUUUACAUGUAGUUUAUUUGUCUUUUUCUUUCUAUUUAUUUGUAUAUAAUUUAAGGUGGUCCUUAGUAUAGAGGUCUAAUUUUUUUCUGAAAAUUAAUGAUAAGUACCCCAAAUUUUAAUCUAUACAUUAAAAAAAUUAUUAUAAGUGUGAUAAGUCAACCUCUUCCUGUGCUUCAAAGGGGUGGAUUCAUUUUUAUUUUUUGCAUGUACUGUAUUUAGUGUCAAUAUUACGAAAAAAAACGUUUACUAUAAGUAUAAUACUGUAUAUUUAUUAAUUACUAAAUAAAGGUUUCUUAUACAUUUAUCGGGAAAUAUUUGGUUUUCCAAAAAUUAAAAAAAAAAUCUAUUAAAAGGUAAUCAAUUUUAAUCAAUUUUAAGAAAUUCUAUUGUUUUACUCUUAAUUUUUUUUAAGUCUCUUAAAUUUUAAAGUUACACAAAUUUUAUUAUAGAGAAUAUUCUCUAUAAAAUGUUUUUUAAAUUCUGACUGGAGCGAGGAAUGUAUUGGUUCCACAAUGAUGUUUACUUUUUUUAUUUUUUUUUUUGUAGACAACUUUUGCAAUUUUGUUUCGAUUUAAAAUGAUAGCACUUUUUCUGAAAGGAAAUCGGACCGUAGAGGUACUUUAAGAAGAUCAUUUUUUUUUAUUUUCCCAGGAGUUUUAAAUAGGAAAAUACGGAUAAUAAAUGGGAAAUUAGGUACAAUAUUAAAUAUUACUUCAUAUUUUCCUUUUUUUUCAUAUUUAGCCUUUUAGCUAUGUUUUAAUUUCGGAGCGUAGCGAGGAAUCUAUUGAUCUUACUAUGAUAUGUGUGUGUUUUUUUUUCUGUCUAUAAAGAACUUUUCGAAAAGAAAAUUUACUCACAUGAAUAAUGUGUAGCAUUUUUUCUUAAAGCUAAUUUUUAUCUAGUUUGUGCAUUAGACAGGUAAUUUUUUUAAUUUUCCGUCGUGGGUUUUUCGAAAUAAUUAGGAAAAACCGGAAACAAAAUUAUAGGUAAUCGACAAAUAUUUAUGGCAUUCAAUAUAUUUACAAUAUUUCAUUGUUCUUAAUUUUUGCAAACUGUUUUCUAUCAGAAAUAUUGCUUUAAUAGAAAAACAAAGGUUGAUCAUUUUUGUCACAUUUAUAAUUCUGUUAGUAAGUAAAAAAGUUAUUUUUCAAUUUCCCUUAUAGUUUUUUUAUAAUUAAGUAAAACCGAAAAAAAGUAGGAUGAAGGGGAAAAUUUACUGCCUUCAUUAUUUUUAAUUUUGUUAUUUUGUUGUAAUUCUGUUAUAAAUUAAUUAUUCAUAAAGACAUUAAAUUUCAAUAGAACACUUUUAUUUGGUUUUUAUAGACUUGGUAAUAUUUUAAAAACAUUUAAGCCAUUUUUUUAAACUAUUUUUCAGCAAUUUAUAUACAUUUUAAUUUUGCAAUUUUGUUUUAAUUUGGUAGAUACUCUUUAGAUAAAAUUAGAUUUAACAGACAUUAUACAUUUAAAAUUGUCAUUUUUGGCUUUUCUCAGUUAUUAUGAAAACUACUUUGGAAAUCAAAAUACAACUUUCUUUAUCAGUGUCUAUAUACUAAAAAGAACAAAAUCUUUAAUUUGUCAGUUUUCAAUUUGAGCAAAUUUCUUACUGCUAAGUACAGCCUAUGUUUAUGCCAUUUAUGUUUAGUCUAACAAUUUUGUCUACUGAGUACCUACCAAAUAAAAAUCACUUUUAAAACUUGAAAAAUUAAAAUAUUUAUAAAUAGAAGCAAAAAUACAUUAAAUGUUUUGAUAAUUUUACCAUGUUUAGCAAAAUGAAUCAAACCUAAGUUUUCUGUCAAAAUUUUAAGUCUCUACAAAUAUUUUAACUAUCACAAUAAAAAAAAAAAAAAAAAAUUGAAAUGAAAAAUGAAAUAUUUUCUUUAUACAUGUUUUUUUUUCUUUUGCUCAAUUAUCAAAAAUGUAUUUUUUUUUUUGUGGUAUUAAUAAAAUUGGACUAUUUAACCCAAGGAACGUCAUUAGUAAUUUUUCCUCCAGAUCAAAGAAAAAAAUGUUUAAAUGUAACAAUAUUUGUUUUUAUAUGUGUUUGAAGGGUACAAUUUUAAUGAAAAUUGGCCAAAAAUCAAAAAAGAAAAAUUAUUAAAUUUAAAUUUAGGACAAAAAUAUUUAAUAGUGGUCACUGCUUUAUUUAGAUUUAUCAAAAAUAAAACACGUUAUGCAAUUCAGUAGCGAUGAAUACACCGAAAAUUCAUAGCCAAAAUUCAUACAGUACCUACUACAAUAAUAGUUUUUCGUAACAUUUAUUUCUGUUGUAGUGUGCUAUUUAAUGUAAUUUGUACAUUUUUGGGUAGUUAGAUCAGUAAAUAGUAAUUUAUACAUAGAUACAGUUAUAAAAAAUAAAAUAAGAUAACAUUUUAUAAACAGAUGCAUUUUUGUGACAUAGAUGUUCUAAAAUUAAAUAUUCAAAACAAUACUAAUAAAAAGUAUAGAUAUAAGCCUAAGCAAUAAUACAAAAACCUAUGAUGCAGUUGUUUUGAAACUCGGGGACCUAGAUUGACCCUUAAUUUGAUUCUACAUUCCAAACGACGAUAUCUUGCCUCAAUAAAUAGUUUUCAAGUAUUGUGACCUCUGACAUAAUAUAAAUUUCUCAGAUUUAUUUUGAUUAUAAUAUUAUAAAAACAACACCCAUAAGCAUUAGUUUUAUUCAGUCUUAUUAUUUUUGUGAGUAUAAACACUUUUAUAUUAAAUAGAUGUUUAUAACUUAAAAAAUUAUCACACUAAAAUUUAUUAGUUUGACAAACAUAUAAAAUUUUUAAAUUGCUUCACAAUUUAAUAAAUAAAAUAAAUAAAUAAAUAAAGUAUCAUGAGUGCAUUAGCCAUCUAUGAAUAAUAUGAGUAUUUUUUUAGGUUUUUUAAAAUUUAAAGAAAUAAAAAUAAAUAAUAGGUAAUACAAAAUUUAAAAUUUAAAUUUUAUCUUAUAUUAAUAUAUUUUUUCACUGGGUAUAUAUUACUUGAUAAUUUUUUAAAAGUGUUGUAUGUUCUAUUGUUAGUGUUUUUAAUAGUUUAUGUUUUAUAUAUUAGUUCAUCAUUUAUAAAGUUAUUAAGUAUUUUACAUAUUGUAUUAUUAAUUUACUAAUUUAACAAAUAUUAUUUGUAUUUCAAAAUUAAUUUUGUGUUAUACAUAAUGUGUAUAAAUGCCUUGACUAUCACUUUUUUUUGCGAAACACUAUAUUACUAUAUUAUAAUUAAAUAAAUACUUAAAAUUCAAUAGUUUGGAAACACAAUGAGAACAGUAUAUUUUAAUGAGUUUUUAUCGCAAACCCUAUUAUAUGUUCUAUAUGUAUUCAUUUAUUGUUUACAUUAAAUAUAUAGUUUUCUUUUUUGUUUUGUUUAUGUCUGUAAUAUCAAAUGUUGUUUUCUUUUCUAGUGCAACCAAAACAUAAUUCAUUUACUAGUGUUGCAACUGAACAAGUACCAGUACGAUUGACUCCUGCUUGGGAAGAAAAUAAUUUACCAAACGACGAACUUAAUUUUAAAACAUUAAGUAUGGAUGAUGCAGUGUUAGAGAAUAAUCCUCCAAAGGAUAGGUACAUUAAUUUAUUUUAUAAGUAAAUAAUGUGUUUGAAAUUAUUCAUCAUAUUGAUCUUUCAAAUUUGUAUAUUUAAUACCUAUAAAAUUGUGUUAUUAUGUUUUUUUUUUAUGGAUUUAGACCUUUUAUUUAAAUAAUAAUAUGAUUAUUAAUUUAAAAAUUUUUAUUUUAGAUGGAAUAUUGUGUAUUUGAUUUUAGUUCUUCAUGGUAUCGGUAUAUUAAUGCCUUGGAAUAUGUUUAUUAAUGCAAAAUCUGUGAGUAAUAUUUUAAGCCCUAUUUAAUAACUACUAGUUUUUUUUAUGAAAAUAUAUUAUUUAUGUAUAUUUUAUACAAAUUAUGAAGAUCCUCUUUUUCUUUUUAAUUGUAAUCCUGAUUAAUACAAUUAAAACAUUAAAUUUCAUUAUAUGUAGUUCAUUAUUCACACUAAAAAAAAAAAUUGUAUAGACCCCUUGAAGAAAAGAAUACACAUAAGAUUGUAGUAGACAAUUUAAUGUAUAUUUGUAGUCAUACAUAACUUUGUGAUAAUUUGUUGAUAUUUAGUUUAGUUUUUAUAAGUAGAGUGGUUAGUGAAGGUUCUUUUGCAGACAGAACUGUUUGUAUCUUUGCUUGUACUUUAAUUUUAAUUUCUUAACUAUGGUUACUUCUAUUGAUUAUUCUAAUUUUAGAGAAUCUCCUAAUUCUGUAUUUGAAAAAGGAUCCUAAGUCUAGUUGGGUUUGUACAUUUUAAGAAUAUAUUUAAAUUGUAUGUCAUAAUUGAAAUGUAAAACUUCCAAGUAUUGACAAUAAAUAAUUAAAUCUUUAUUAUUUAUUUAGUUUAGAAAGCUUGAUUUAGAAACUUGCUGAAGUCCCCAUUUAUUUAACAUGGGAUAGACAGUGUCACUUCUCGGCAAACAAGCAUCAAUAAAGCCCCCUCCCCCUUCAGCUUGUAACUACCAUCACCCUCUUUGAUAUUACUAGCCCCCCAAGAGGGGUAUAUCGUCCACUUCAAGAAACUCUGAUUUAAAUAAUAAAAAUUUUGAAGUGAAUGUUACACUAUAUAAAAAUUAAUGAAUUAAUUUAAAGUACUAACAUUUGUUUAAUGUUUUUUUUUUUUUUGAAAUCUUCACCCUAGUUGAGUUAUUUAAGUUAUGGUUUUGAAACACCUUACUAUACUGAAACUAUUAUAAUUUAUUUAAAUUAUUGUUGUCAAUAACUAUAUAAUUGUUUCAUAUUUUUAGUAUUUUGUGGACUACAAAUUAGGAAAUGUUUAUUUGGCUAACAAAUCAGAUUAUGCAUCAAUUUUUAUGGUAUACUUGACAAUUAGUUCACAACUUCCAAAUCUUCUAUUUAAUUGGCUCAACAUAUUUUGUCCAAUAGGGUAAGUUUUAAAUUAUUUAUCUAAAUAUGUAUUGUUUUAUUACUAAUAAUUGAUAGUUAAUUUACAUAAUAUUUGGUAAAUACAAAAAGUAUUUAUAAUAUAUUUCUAUAACAUAAAACUUCUUUGAUUAUUAUCUAAAAUUAUUAUUGGUAGAACAAAACUGUAUAAAUUAAUAUUCAGUUAGUUAUAUUUAAACAAAAACUAAAUACAUUUAUUAUAAAUGUAUACAAAAUUAAAAUAGUUUGAUUUGUUUGCUCCGCUUUGAUUAUGUACAAUAUUGAACAAAAUAAAAUAAAAUAUGUUUUCCUAUGGCUUCCAGUGUCCACCUCAGGCACAGUUAACCAUUAUUAUCUAGUAAUUUUUUUUUUAAUGGUUCUUUGCCUUUGACAACCAAAUUAACUAAUAAUAAUUGUUUUUUUUUUUAUUUUUUUUUUUUAUUAUUGUCACCAAAAUAAUUUAAUUUUCGUAUAAAAAAAAAUACCAAAAACCAUGUAUGAUCAACUUUUUAGAGGUUAAAAUUUUGGAUAUCUAACUUCAAGGUGCACACUUCCACCAAUUUAUCUACUUCUGAAUGGUAAAUUUUCAGACUGAGAGGAUGGUGAUAGCUUUGGUUUAAUAUUGCAAACAGACAGACAAACAAAGCAAUAGACAAACAUUUACUUUUAUUAAUUACAAAUAUAGAAUGCUAUUUAAAUACCUAUUAAAAUGUCAUGUCCUUUUUCAUCUUUGAUUUCAGUUAAAUAUAUUUUUUAAAUAAAACCUUAGGUUUACUGUAUACAUAUUAAAUAGGUAUAUAUUACAGUAAAGUAUUUGUUUUGUUUUUUUUUAUCAACAUUUUGUAUAAAUAAUUAUUAUAAAAUAUACCUUAGUAUAUUAAAAUUAUACCCAAUAUUUAAAUUAAUAUUAAUAAUUUUAUUUUCAGAGGGAAAUUAACAACUCGUAUAGUUUGGUCCAUUCUUACAGAAGUAGUUUGUUUUGUUUUCACUGUUAGUUUAGUAAUGAUCGAUACCUCUGAAAAACCAGAAUUAUUUUUUUGGUCAACUAUUGGAAUUAUAGUGUUAUUGAAUAUGGCAAAUGGUGUAUAUAAUAACUCUGUCUUUGGAAUGGCAGCGAAACUUCCUACAAAAUUUAUAGGUGCUGUAAUUCUUGGUACAAAUUUGAGUGGUACAUUUACAUCUAUUACCAGCAUAUUAUCAAUUUCAAUUGCUCCAGAUGCUCGAACAGCUGCUAUAUAUUAUUUUACCACAGCAUUAUUUGUGUUAUUAGCUUGUUUUGAUACAUAUUUUGCAUUGCCAUUAAAUGUAAGUUGUUGUAAUUUUAUAUGUAGAUAAUGUAUGCAUUUACAAUUUCUAUUAAAUAUGGGUAUUCAAUAAAAUAAAAAAAACAAAAUUAACCAGUUGUAUACAGUGCUCGAGUUGAGGGGGGAGAACCACAAUUAAUUUUUCAAAAAUGUAAGCAUACCUCUACUAAUUGUUGGAAAUGGAACACGUGGGAUGACGGAUAGUAAUAAAACGUCCUGUCGUCCUCUCUCCCUUAGACCAUGUUUUUGUUACAUAAGUUGUAUAGGUAUUCUAUAGUUAUUUUUAUUAUAUAUAUAUAUAUAUAUUUAAACAAACUCUGCUUCCCAUUGAACAACCCUUGGAUGACAAUCUGCCACGGAUAGGACAGUACAUAUUUUGGAUUUGUGUCAAAAUGUAUUUUCAUUAAUAUUUGAACUUAAGGAGCUAAACAUAAAAUACUUUAUACAUUAAACCAUGCUUUUGAUCAAAUGCAACUUACCAAAAUAACAACCAAAUAAAAUCCUAUAAAAAAUCAAACAUUUAGUUGGUAAAAGUAAAUUCUAAAAUAAAUAGCCAGCAGUAUUGUUGUUAGUAUUUGUUUUCAGAAAUGAUUAAUUACUGAAUAAUGUUUAAAAAUUGGUGUGGGCAGCAGAGCCCUUCACAUGUUAAGUUGAAUUAAGUAAUUGCAAAGGACACUGAUUUGUUUAAUGUCUUUUCUUUUAUUGUUCCAAUUCGAGCCCUGGUUAUAUAACAUUUUAGUUAGGAGCAAUCAUUUUUAUGUAAAUCUUUACCUGUUUAUAAAUAAAACACCAGUAAAAUUCAUCAUAGUCCAUAUUAAUUAGUACUCACAAGUAAUCAGCCUUAUUUUCUUUAUUUUUAUUUUUAUAUUUUAAAUUUCUGCAUUUAAAACAAAUCAAAUUAAUUUUUAUAUGUUCAAAUAAUCCAAGCUGAGUAAAAUAUAUAAUUAUUAAUAUACAUUUUUGUUAAUAUUUUAUAAAUAAUAUCUAUACCUAUGUCUGUAUAUAGAGAUUUUACAAGUAUCAUGAAUUGAUUUAUCAACGGGAAAUUGAAAAUCAAGAAUCAAAACAAAACGGAGAAAAUGACAAAAUUCCUUAUUGGAAUAUUUUUAAACAAGCUUUUCCACAAUUAUUCAAUGUAUUUUUUAUAUUUUUCGUCACUCUUUCAAUAUUUCCAGUUGUUCAUUCAGGUACUAAUAAACAACAUCUUUUUAGUAAAUAAAUGUAUUUUAUUUUUUAUAACUAUUAUUUUGUAUAUUUUUUUUUUUUAGUAUUAUUAUCAUUUACUGGAAUGAAAUUAAAAAUACAUUUACAUAUAAUAUUAUUAUAUGUAAAUUAUAAAUAAAUAAUAUAUGUAGAUAUUUUAUCAUAAUACUCCAGACGACAUAAUUAUUCAUUUAUUUAUAUAUUAAUAUUAUUACUUAAUUAUUAUAGAUAUUAAACAGUCAAAUAUAAAUUUCUUCAUCCACUCAAAAUAUUACGUCAGUGUUUUAUGUUUUUUGACAUUUAAUUUGAGUGCACUUAUUGGAACAUAUUUGUCUACUUUGUGUACAUGGGUAAAGCUUAAUUAAAUUUGUUUUGUUUUUUAAUUUAUUUAAUUAAAUAUAACUGAUAUAAAUUUGUUUUGUUUUAGCCUAAGCCAAAAUUUUUAUUUGUUCCCGUUAUAUUGAGAGUGGUGUUAGUUCCAUUAUUUUUGAUUUGUAAUUAUCACCCUAUUGGACAUACUAGACUAAUGCCAGUAAUAAUACAAAAUGAUUAUAUAUUUUGGAUUUUGGGAAUUAUUCUUGGAUUGUCUAGUGGUUAUUUCAGUUCUGUUGCAAUGAUGUAUACACCAAGGUUAAACAAAAACUACUUAUAUUGCUUUACUAUAUUUAGAAUCUAAUUACUUUAUACUAUUCAUCAUAUAUUACUAAAAGAUUUUUUUCAUAUUUAUGUAAUUAUCAGCGACACUUAGUAAUGAAAAUUAGUAUUAUCUAUAAUAGUUUUUUUUACAAAUUUUUGUUUUCAGAUGUGUUGAACCAAGAUAUAGUUCCAUUGCAGGUAUGUUUGGAGCUGCUUUCCUAUUGACUGGUAUUUGUUGUGGUAUACUCUUUGGAAUGUUAAUGCCACUUAUUGUAAACUGUAUCAGUUGGUGA